CCUCUGCAGCCUGGCACAGCCUGAGUCUCCUCCCUCCUGCCCUGGAUUAAAAGGAGCUGCGCUGUCCCUUCCCUGUCCCCGUGGGAACCAGCCUCCUCUGUCCCUGCCUCGGAGCUGGGGCCCUGCGGCAGCAGGCGGACCGGGCCGCGAUGGCGGAGAAUGGUCUGGCACGGCGGGGCAAGGUGCUGACCCUGGACUCCCUGAACCCCUUUGUCAAGAAAGUGGAGUACGCCGUGCGGGGGGCCAUCGUCACCCGUGCCGUCCAGCUGGAGAAGGAGCUUCAGCAGGGGGUGAAGAAACCUUUCACAGAAGUGAUUAGAGCCAAUAUUGGCGAUGCCCAAGCAAUGGGCCAAAGGCCCAUCACCUUCUUUCGCCAGGUCAGCGCCCUCUGCAUGUACCCCGACCUCUUGAACGACCCCAACUUUCCCGAGGAUGCAAAGCAGAAAGCCCGGAGGCUGCUGGCUGCAUGUGGAGGGCAGAGUGUUGGUGCCUACAGCGCCAGCCCCGGCGUUGAAGUCAUCCGCCAGGACGUAGCUCGCUUCAUUGAGUGUCGGGACGGGGGCAUUCCCUCCAGCCCAGAAAACAUCUUCCUUUCGAUAGGGGCCAGUGACGCUAUCGUGACCAUUCUGAAGCUGCUGGUGUCCGGGGAGGGCCGCUCCCGCACUGGCGUGAUGAUCCCUAUCCCCCAGUACCCCCUCUACUCGGCAGCUCUGGCAGAGCUCAACGCUGUCCAGAUCAACUACUACCUGGACGAAGACAAGUGCUGGGCCCUGGACGUCGGGGAGCUGCGGAGGGCGCUGCGCCAGGCACGGGAACACUGCCGCCCCCGGGCCCUGUGCAUCAUCAACCCGGGCAACCCAACCGGUCAGGUUCAAAGCCGCCAGUGCAUUGAAGACGUCAUCCACUUUGCUUGGGAAGAGCACCUCUUCCUCCUGGCUGAUGAGGUGUACCAGGAAAACGUGUACGCGGAGGGCUCCCAGUUCCACUCCUUCAAGAAGGUGCUCUUUGAGAUGGGCCCCAAGUACUCGGAGAGUGUGGAGCUGGCCACCUUCCACUCCAUCUCCAAGGGCUUCGUGGGCGAGUGUGGUUUCCGGGGUGGCUACAUGGAGGUGAUUAACAUGGAUCCGGCAGUUCAGCAGCAGCUGACCAAGCUGGUCUCGGUGCGUCUGUGUCCGCCAGUGACCGGGCAGGUGCUCCUCGAUGUGGUCGUGAACCGUCCUCAGCCCGGAGACCCUUCCUACCAGCAGUUCAGCCAGGAAAAGCAGGCAGUGCUGAGCGCUCUGGCCAAGAAGGCCCGGCUCACAGAGGAGACCUUCAACCAAGCUCCCGGAAUCCACUGCAAUCCGGUGCAGGGGGCCAUGUAUGCCUUCCCCCGAAUUUACCUGCCACCUCGGGCUGUGCAAGAAGCAAAGGCAAAAGGCCAGGCUCCAGACAUGUUCUUCUGCCUAAAACUGCUGGAGGAGACGGGCAUCUGUGUCGUUCCGGGGAGCGGCUUUGGCCAGAAGGAAGGCACCUUCCACUUCAGGAUGACCAUCCUGCCACCCCUGGAGAAGCUGGAGGUGAUGUUGCAGAAGCUGAGCCAAUUCCAUGCCAGGUUCACCAAGGAAUACUCCGAACUCCAAGCUCAGGGCUGAUGGGGGAGGGCAAGAGGGAAGGUGGGCACUUGUGGGGAGUGGGGGGCUCUGCCCGGCUCACUUCCUGGCCCUUCCCGCCCUGCAGGCUGUACAAGAUCUACCCCCAAAACGCCCUGCCGGGAGCCCAGGAUAGCUCUGCUCCCCCACAGUCAUGCUCCAGAGACCUUCUCCAGCAGGCCAGUCCCACAGGCUGAGCCUACAUACCCAGCAGCUGUUGCCCCAACCCAGCCUGGGUGCUCCGGCCAUUGGCAGCCUCAAGACUGUGCUGCCCGAUGCUGGCCUCUGCCUGCUCAGGGCCUCUGGGCCCAUAAUGCCAACAGUGCCUUAUGCCCCACGAUUCCAGGUUCUGCCCCCCGCCCUCCAGCUUGCUCCGGUCCCCUUCUGGCUUCCCUGCUCUCCUGGUGGACAUGGGGGCACAGAGGAGGUGAUCACUGCCCACACUGCUGGGGCUGAGAGGAUGAGCGGCAGGGCAGGCUCCCUGGCUCAGCCUGCCCCAAAGUCUUCCUUCUGACGUGGACUGGUGUGCCCUGGUGUAGGGCUGACCGGGCGCUUCCCCCACCCUGGUUUCUAUGACUCUGGUGGGCCGCAGCCAAGGAUCAAUAAAAGCCACUUGAUGAAUGCC